GGCAGCUAGUAAAAAUCUUUAGCAUAGUUGUCAAGAAACAACCAAACAUCCACAAGAAUACAAGAAUACUAGUACUGCAUCCCCAAAGAGAGAGCAGAUCAAAGAAAACAAAGAACUUUCGCUCAUUUGCAGCAUUUUCCUAAAGGCAUGUUCUGCAUGAAAUCGAGUUAAUGAGGAUUGAAGUCGGGGGUGAAUUAGCUGAAGAAUAGAUACUUUGGAGGGAAUUGAAGGAGGGAGUGCAGCAAUGGCAGCCCUUUGGCUGCUUCUCUUUUAUCUUGUGAUGUCUGCAAGAUUUCGUGGCAUCUUCUCUUACACGGAUCCUCGUGAUGUUGCUGUUCUUAGGUCUUUGAAAGAUCAAUGGCAAAAUACACCACCAAAUUGGGGCAAGUCUGAUGAUCCUUGUGGAGAUCCUUGGGAAGGAGUCUCCUGUAACAACUCAAGGGUCACUGCAUUGGGAUUAUCAAGUAUGGGAUUAUCAGGUAAACUCAACGGUGACAUUGGAGGACUCACCGAAUUGAUAUCCCUGGAUCUAUCAUUCAACCGAGGCCUCACUGGUUCACUCUCUCCACGAAUAGGAGACUUGCAAAAUUUGAGUAUACUAAUCCUAGCUGGAUGUAGCUUCAAUGGAAAUAUACCAAAUGAACUCGGGAAUCUUGCACAGUUGUCCUUCCUGGCGCUUAACUCAAAUAACUUCACUGGUGGAAUACCACCUUCGCUAGGAAAGCUUUCCCACUUAUACUGGCUUGAUCUGGCAGAUAAUCAGUUGACAGGACCAAUACCUGUUUCAUCAUCUAUGACUGAAACUCCAGGGUUGGACCUGUUAAAAAAGGCAAAACACUUCCAUUUCAACAAAAACCAGCUUUCUGGCCCAAUUCCAAAUGCACUUUUCAGCUCCGACAUGGUGCUUAUUCAUGUACUGUUUGAUGCCAACAAUUUGACUGGAGGAAUCCCCUCAACAAUAGGAUAUGUUCAGACACUUGAGGUUCUGAGGCUAGAUCGAAAUGCCCUGACUGGCAAAGUCCCAUCAGACCUCAACAAUCUCACAAAUUUGGUGGAAUUGAACUUAGCACAUAAUCAGUUAUCAGGUCCAUUUCCAAACAUUACGGAAAUGAUUUCCCUCAACUAUGUGGACUUGAGUAACAACUCUUUUCAACCAUCACAAUCUCCAGCCUGGUUCAGUACAUUAGCGUCACUAACAACUUUGGUUGUUGAAUAUGGAUCACUUGAGGGAAUGGUGCCUCAGAAACUAUUCAGUUUACCCCAAAUUCAACAAGUGAAACUGAGAAACAAUGCAUUUAACGAUACACUGGAUAUGGGAAAAACCAUCGGUCAGCAACUUCAACUUGUUGAUUUGGAGAACAAUGAAAUACCCUAUGUCACUCUUGGUUCUGGUUAUCAGAAUACACUUGUAUUGCUAGGAAACCCAGUCUGUGAUGCGGGUCUUGCAAAGACCAGUUACUGUCAGGUUAAGCAACAAGCAGAAAAGCCCUAUUCUACAAGCCUGGCUAAUUGUGCAAGCAAAUCCUGUCCUGCUGAUAAAAAAAUCAGCCCACAGAGCUGUAACUGUGCUUAUCCAUAUGAGGGAACAAUGUACUUCAGAGCACCAUCCUUCAGGGAGUUGUCUAAUGACACUCUAUUUCAGCAGCUGGAAAUGAGCCUGUGGGUGAAGUUAGGCCUUACUCCUGGUUCUGUUUCUCUGCAGAACCCUUUCUUCAAUGUUGAUGAUUAUCUUCAGGUGCAUUUGGGAUUUUUUCCAUCCGUAGGAGAGUAUUUUAACAGGUCAGAGGUCCAGAGGAUCGGAUUUGCUUUAAGUAACCAGACUUACAAGCCUCCAAAACAAUUUGGGCCCUACUACUUUAUAGCUUCUCCUUACACUUUCGGCGCUGAACGUGGAAAUGCCAUAAGCAAAACAAUUAUUACAGCGAUAGCUGCUGGCUGUGCCAUUCUGGUGGUGUUGCUUGUUGGCCUAGGCAUAUAUGCUGUCUGGCAAAAGAGACGGGCUGAAAGAGCCAUUGGAUUAAGUAAACCAUUUGCAUCUUGGGGUCCAAGUGGAAAAGACAGCGGAGGAGCACCUCAACUAAAAGGAGCCCGAUGGUUUUCUUAUGAUGAACUGAAGAAAUCAACCAAUAACUUCUCUGAGAAAAAUGAGAUCGGUUCUGGAGGCUAUGGCAAGGUCUACAGAGGGAUGCUUCCAAGCGGACAAGUUGUUGCAAUCAAACGAUCACAACAAGGUUCCAUGCAAGGUGGGCUUGAAUUCAAAACUGAGAUUGAGCUGCUCUCACGGGUUCAUCACAAAAACCUUGUUGGCUUGGUUGGAUUCUGUUUUGAACAAGGACAACAGAUCUUGAUAUAUGAGUUUAUGCCGCAUGGAACUCUAAGGGAGAGUUUAUCAGGGAAGAGUGGAAUUUAUCUAGAUUGGAAAAGGAGACUUCGAGUUGCACUUGGUUCAGCAAGAGGAUUGACUUAUUUGCAUGAGCUUGCCAACCCUCCUAUAAUCCACAGAGAUAUCAAGUCCACAAAUAUUCUCUUGGACGAAAAUCUGACAGCUAAGGUUGCAGAUUUUGGCUUGUCUAAGCUUGUUUGUGAUGGUUCCAAAGGGCAUGUAUCCACUCAAGUUAAAGGCACACUGGGUUAUCUGGAUCCUGAAUACUACAUGACCCAACAAUUGACGGAGAAAAGCGAUGUGUAUAGCUUUGGUGUGGUUAUGCUUGAGCUGGUAACAGUUAAACAACCUAUCGAAAAGGGAAAGUACAUCGUCCGUGAAGUGAGAAUGGCAAUGGACAAGAAUGAUGAAGAAUGCUAUGGCUUAGGGAAUAUAAUGGAUCCAUCCAUUCGAAACACAACCACUCUAAUAGGCUUCGGGAGAUUUGUAGAUUUGGCAAUGCGAUGUGUGGAAGAAUCAGCUGCAGACCGCCCAACAAUGAGUGAAGUGGUGAAGGAACUCGAAACAAUUCUACAGAAUGAUGGAUUGAAUACGAACUCAACAUCAGCAUCCUCAUCUGCCACAGAUUUUGGAAUGGCGAAAGGUGCUAAACAUCUCUAUGAUGUGAUGCCUAGGAAGGAUGUUAACAGCAGUGAUGCAUUUGACUACAGUGGUGGAUACAACAUCUCAGCUAAAGUGGAACCCAAGUAAUAGAUACCAUGAGUAUCCUACUGGCUUGAAUUCUUUUGAUUAAAUUUUUUACACUUUCUUGUAGAACCUCCUUUUGGGAAAUGCAAAUAGAUUAUCAAGUUUCUUUUGCUA